GUAACGCUUGAACUCGGCUCUGUUCGCCUUUGGUAAGAAACGACUGCGCGCUUUAGUUUUGUUUUCUUAUUACGCUUUUAUAAACCACCACAUCUGAACACGGAGAAACCGGAUGCCAGGUUGAAACAGAAAUGAGUGACAACAUAAAACUUUUCGUGGGGAAUCUUCCUGCAGACGCUACAGAAGACGAACUGAACAAACUCUUUGCACCCUUUGGAGAAAUUAACACCUGCUCACUGCUUAGACAAUAUGCCUUUGUAACUCUAAAGGGUGAGGGGGCAGCUGACAGGGCCAUAAGGAAUCUCGAUGGCAAAGAGUACAGAGGAAGGCCCCUGGUGGUUGAGGAGUCACGAGCGCGCCCUCCAAACUCCAUUAAAGUGUUUGUUGGAAACCUCAGUGCAACAUGUUCAGCAGAUGACCUGCAUACACUGUUCUCCUCCUACGGAAAAGUGCUGGACUGUGAUAAAGUCAAAGCACGCCUGUGUUCCAAUGUUGGUUAUGCAUUUGUGCACAUGGAGAGGAGGGACGAAGCCCUUACAGCAAUUGAGGCUCUGAAUGGAAGCCUUUACAAAGGCCGACAACUGGCUGUGGAGCUAUCAAAGGCUCAGCCUUUAGCCAAUCAGAUUGCAGCAGUGGAUGGUUCAGGCAGAGAAGGACUUCUCCCCAGGCCUGCCCUGGAGCAUCACCAGAGUCAGGCAGCUGUGCUGGCUGCAGCAGCAGCUGCUGCAGCUGGACUUCCCAUUCAGGUUCAGCAAAGUGUCCACAAUUCAUUCUACAACACCACACCUUUAGAUCCGACUUACACAGCCCUCAGAGGCAUCACCAGUUCAAAGGGAGCAGAUGGAGUCAUAUACGGGGCUUUGGCCAGCCAAGUCUACGGGUCAGUGGCUGAUAAGGUCUACAAACAGCCCGAGGUCCCCACUGCCCCUGAUCCCACAACACUGUUUGAGGCAGCACGGGCCAAGUUUUUUCAAGAUGGACAAAAGGUACUGGCUGAGCAACAUGCAGGAAAUAAGGCUCCACCAGAGACCGAGCGUGACCGUAGCCCCAUUAGAGGGAACCGUGCCCCCCUCCUCCCUGACCCAGUCCCAGGAUCAUUUGGCCCAAGCCGACCCAAACGCAGAGCUUUGUUGCCCACACCACCAGGGGCCCCUGAGGAUCCUGGGUCCACCGCUGCAGCUGCUGCCCCUGAAGGAGCUGACCCCGUUGCCAGGUCAUACACUGAGUACUGUCAGCAGAUGCAGCAGUACCAGCAGUAUCAGCAGUACCAACAACAGUACCAGUACCUUCAGUACGCCUACACCAACCCCCCUCCGCCCCCUCCUCCCCCCGCCCCAGCCUCCACUCAGGCCCCACCUUCCACCGCAGCCCAGGCCCCUCAAGGAACAUACUCCGCUCCCCAAAACUACGCCUACCCUCCUCCAGGGAUGUACGACACUUCAGGGGGCUAUAACAGCGCCGCAGGCUCCUAUGACACGUCAGCUGGGACGUACAGUGCGACAGCCGGGGGCUACGACACCUCUGCGGGCUAUGCAGCAGGAGCUUAUGGUUCAACGGGAGCUUACCCAGCGACACCGUAUGAGCAGACACCCGCACACGGCCAACCCACUGCCCAGCGCAACGAUUACCCUUACCAUACGCCAGAGCCCCCUUACCGAUAGGCACACACUGCUCCACACUUUUGCAUUUGUGUAUGUCUGAUAAGAGAGAGAGUUAAAAUGGAGAGAUUAUAAAUAGAGACUUUACAAUUGGAUUUUUGCAGAAACAAAGUGUAUAUGGUUUUGUAAAAUAAAAAGUGUAGAUGAGUUGUUUGAGGAUUUGCAGGCAUUGACUGCUAUUGACAGUUGGCUUUAAGUCCUCAUUAUGUUCUAUAAAAGGUAUCAGGAGUGGAUGUCUGGUUCAGUUCUCUAUGGAAAGUAUUACAAUGUAUGAAGGUGACAAUUUAGCAUUUUUGCAAAUUGUUGUCUGCUUCAGACUGGUCUCCAUGAGGAUUUCAAGACUGUAAUAGUUAUAUUUUGGUUAGACAGGAUAGGAAAGUGAAUAUUGUUAUUUGAGAAUUAUUAGCCAGGUGGCAAUGUUCCUUUUUCCACAUACAGAGCACCUUGACCAGGGAUGUAAUCAAUACAUUUGAACUGUACAUUGUUGUGUCUCACAAUAUAUGUAAGGACAGAAAAAAAGCAAUAUUGAUUGAUUUAAUAUUGGAUGACCAAUGCCAAAAAAUUUGCCCCAAAAUAAUUGUGGUAUAAUAGUGAUGAGUUAUUUUUGUCGGCCUUUUGAUAGGUGGAAUAUACAAUGAUUUUUUUAAGGGAAAUGAAAUCUAAAUUUACAUGCAAAUAUGAACAAAUUUGACUUUUAGAAUGCAAAAAGCGCACAAACUUGGUCAUUCGUCGAAGACUGUUAUUAAGAGGGAGUGUUUUUCAGGUUGUGUUCAGAGAUAGACACCUAUGGCUCUUGUACUUAAGAGGCAGGCAUUUUUAUCAUUUUGGAAUGUAAAACUUUAAACUAGCACAGACAAAAGUGCAGGUGGUCUUUGUUUAAGUUAGUGUUUGCGAUUGAGGUAAAACUUUGUGGUGUGAGUGCUAAAGCAUUCGAGUUGGUACAGUAACAUGACGUUUUGGGGCCACUGCAGUAACUGUCCUAACAUGUCCCUAACAUUUCUGAAAGCCAUUGUUGAGACACUCACUCGAGAUCAUGUCUUUACUGCAGAUCACACUUGUGAAGCAGUCUGGAGCUGUGAGGCCGGUGGGAGUGAGCGUAAGUCACACACAGCCUCCACACGCUCCAUCUGAACUGUUAGUUGCAUGCCUUGUUGUUGCUGCUGCUCCAGCCACCUUCUUCCUCUUGCUGAUUAUUGCAGCUAGAGUGGGAGGGAGCCAAACUGAGCCCUUGCCCGGACGCCCCUGUAGCGUGGGAUGGGACUAACAGCAGCGUUAGGCCUGAACUGCUGUGGACACUGAGCUGUCUCGUCGCUAAGGUAACCACUCAGACCACACACGCCCCUCCCUCACACACACACACAAACCUGUCCGUCUCCACGACUUCUCUUCUAGGAUCUGGAAAUGUUUCAAAUGAAAAAUAACUUCCUCCAAAUCUUUUUGCUUUUGUUGUAUAUUUUCAAACAUUCCUGCUCCAGAAUGCAUCAAAGACUCCCGUUCCUCCUCCUUGUAGUCUAGACCCAUUUUUUCGUUCCAACAGAGCUGCCGGUAUGAAUUACUUCAUUUUUGUACUCUAGCCCCAAGGGCCAUAUUGGGGUCAAGUGCCUUGCUCAAGAGCACAGCGAUAGGCCAUCCUUUUCUGUUAAUCCUGGCUCAGGAUUGGUUGCUGGUUCAACUCUUGACUCUUCACGUUUGGCCCUAAAGGAUAGUUGGUGCCACAGUCUUGUAUGAAUGACAACUUACACAAAAUCAUUUGUUUUAGGCAUUUUGUUCUCUGUUCUUCGAUAUGUUUAUCAAUAAAUGAAUUUCAAUGAAACCAAA